GGCGCAGACUUGGUACUACGCCCUCGAGCAGGACGAGGGCGGCAUGCCACCAUGGGAGCGCUUCCGGGAGCUUUGUCUCCUCCGGUUCGGGCCUCCUAUCCGCGGGAGCCGACUGGCGGCCCUCGGCCGCUUGCCUUUCACAUCCACGGUGCAGGACUACGCCGACCGCUUCCAGGCCCUGGCAUGCCAUGCGCCAGGCGUCUCCGCGACUCAGCGCGCCGAGUUAUUUGUGGGCGGAUUACCGGACCAUAUUCGCAUGGACGUCGAGCUCCGGGAUCCCCCCGACCUCCAGACGGCCAUGUACUACGCCCGGGCCUUCGAACAGCGGGCUCAGGCGCUGCAGCAACCGGCCGGCCGGGGCGGCCGCCAUCCCAGUCGACCAGCGCCGACUCCACCAUCACCGGGCCGGCUUCCUCCAGCCACGACGACCGCACCUCCGGCCACCACCCGGACCUUCCGUCGGUUGUCACCGGCCGAGCAACAGGAGCGUCGCCGUCAGGGCCUCUGCUUCAACUGUGAUGAGCCCUACACGCCGACCCAUGUCUGCCCCCGCCUAUUUUACUUGGAGACGGUCGACUACACCGAGGCGGACGACUCGACCGAUGAGCCACCAACCGCGGCGGCCGCGGACACGCCCGCGGAUUCCACGGCGACGGCGUGCGUCGUCUCCCUCCACGCUCUCGCCGGCAUCCGUGGCGAACGGACCAUGUUGUUACCGGUGACGGUCCAUGGCGAGCGGCUGGUGGCCCUGCUGGAUACUGGCUCCACCCAUAACUUCCUGCCCGCGGCGACCAUGCGUCGGCUAGAACUGCCGACCACGGGCGGGGAGCGCCUGCGGAUCACGGUGGCAAACAGCGAUCGCCUCCGGUGCCAUGGGCUCGCCCGCGACGUUCCCAUCUCCAUCGGUGGCGAGCACUUCUCCAUUACAUGUGCAGGCAUCGACCUCGGCUGCUUCGACUUCAUCCUCGCGGUGGAUUUUCUCCAGACCCUCGGGCCCAUCCUGUGGGACUUCGACGCACUCUCAAUGACGUUCUGGCGGCUGGGCCGCCGCAUCCGGUGGGACGGCCUUGGGGGCGCGCCGCCAGCCGUGCCACACCUCCAGCUGGCCGCCGCGUCCCAGGAGACCGAGUACCCCCUGCUGGAUCCCCUUCUGCAGCAGCACAACGAGCUCUUCGACGAGCCACGGGCUGCAGAAGGAUGA